AUGACUCGGAUAACGAAUUUUGGACGAAAACGAAAGUACUUAGAGGCAGGCUUUGGAACGGCGGCAGAGGAGGCGAGCAAGCCUUCGCCACAACCGGAAGCUUCGACAUCGACAGCGGUUGGGGUGGUCAAUGAAGAAACAGCACCAAAAGCAGACGACGCUGUAGCGGGAGAGGGUGGUGAACCACCAAAGAAGAAGAGGAAAAGGCAUAGGUCGAAGAAGAAGAAGACUGAUCAAGAGAAGGAGGGGGAGACGGGGAACGAGAACGGUGAACCGUCAGAGGGAGGAAAGGAAGGUGGAGAAGACGCGAAGGAUUCCACUGCCAAAUCUAAGAAAGCGAAGAAGAAUCCUAAAAACAAGAAGAAAAAGGAAUACGUUAGCCCAAGUGAAAAACGCCGUCUGGCCCGGAUAAAGGAACGACUAGCAAACACGACCUGCUUCGUAUGCAGAGAAAAGGGUCACGCAGCUCGAGAUUGCCCUAGAGCUUCAGAACUCGCAGCUGCAGCUGGCGAACCCCCCGCAGAGGGCAAGAAACCAGCAGCCUCCUCCGUGGUUGGGAUUUGUUACCGGUGCGGUUCAACGAAACACAAUCUCUCAAAAUGCAAGAAACCACCAAACCCUGAGAACCCGCUUCCCUACGCGUCGUGCUUCGUAUGUUCAGGGAAGGGACAUCUAGCAUCCGCGUGCCCUCAGAACAAAACCAAGGGCGUCUAUCCGAACGGAGGAUGCUGUAAAAUCUGCGGUGAUACCAGUCACUUGGCCAAGGAUUGUACAAUCCGUCGAAACGACCCAUCAGCAAAAGCAACAGUCGGCACAGGACGAGACGUCGGAGCAGACGAAGACGACUUUAUGGCUCUAACACGCAAAUCCAAGCAAGUCGAACGCGAGGAACAGAAGGAGGAGCGGUUCAAGCGGUUGUUGGAAGUUUCGGAGCACGCACCUACGCGGGUUGUCAAUGGCGUACCAAAGACGACCGCGAACCCGCUGGCGCCAAAACCUGCGAAGAAGGUGGUGGUUUUCUAACCAGGGGAUGUUUGAUCGUGACAGUGGCUGUUGGGGAUGGCUUCUGUUCUUGGCUGGGCGAAUUGAAUGAAUCCUUGUUCUCGCUUUUGGAAAUGACAGUCUCCAGUCUUGGCUCA